AUGCCGCGCCACCUCCCGGGACUGCUUCUCCUGCUCUGGCCUCUGCUGCUGCUGCCACCACUCCCCGCCGCCCCCAGCCCCAUGGCCCGCCCGGGCUUACGCAGGCUGGGGACCCGCGGCCCAGGGGGCAGCCCCGGACGCCGCCCGGCUCCGGGCGCCCCCGCCAGCGUGCCCUACUCCGGGACCGGGCAGCCCGGCGGGGUCCGCGGCGCAGGUGUUUGCAAGAGCAGGCCCUUGGACUUGGUGUUCAUCAUUGAUAGUUCUCGUAGUGUACGGCCAUUGGAGUUUACCAAAGUGAAAACCUUUGUCUCGAAAAUAAUCGACACUCUGGACAUUGGGCCGGCGGACACGCGGGUGGCAGUGGUGAACUACGCCAGCACCGUGAAGAUCGAGUUCCAUCUCCAGACCCACUCGGAUAAGCAGUCUCUGAAACGAGCUGUGGCGCAGAUCACGCCCUUGUCUACGGGCACCAUGUCAGGCCUGGCCAUCCAGACGGCGAUGGACGAAGCCUUCACAGUAGAGGCAGGAGCUCGAGGGCCCUCUUCCAACAUCCCCAAAGUGGCCAUCAUCGUGACUGAUGGGCGGCCCCAGGACCAGGUGAACGAGGUGGCGGAGCGGGCCCGGGCGUCCGGUAUUGAGUUGUACGCUGUGGGCGUGGACCGGGCCCACAUGGAGUCCCUCAAGAUGAUGGCCAGUGAACCCCUGGACGAGCACGUUUUCUAUGUGGAGACCUAUGGGGUCAUUGAGAAACUUUCCUCUAGAUUCCAGGAGACCUUUUGUGCUCUGGACCCGUGUGCGCUGGGCACACAUCAGUGCCAGCACGUGUGUAUCAGUGAUGGGGAAGGCAGGCACCACUGCGAAUGCAGCCAAGGAUACUCCUUGAAUGCUGAUAAGAAGACAUGUUCAGCUAUUGACAAGUGUGCUCGUAACACUCAUGGCUGUGAACACAUCUGUGUGAACGACAGAACUGGCUCUUAUCAUUGUGAGUGCUACGAGGGCUAUACUCUGAAUGAAGAUAAGAAGACGUGUUCAGCUCAAGAUCAGUGUGCUUUGGGCACACAUGGCUGCCAGCACAUUUGUGUGAAUGACAGAGCCGGGUCCCACCACUGUGAGUGCUACGAGGGCUAUACUCUGAAUGAAGAUAAGAAGACGUGUUCAGUUCUUAACCAGUGUGCCCUGGGCUCUCAUGAUUGCCAACACAUCUGUGUGUAUGACGGCAGUGCCUCUUAUCACUGCGACUGUGACACCGGCUACACUUUGAAUGAAGACAAGAAGACAUGUUCAGCCAUUGAAGAAGCACGAAGACUCAUCUCCACAGAAGAUGCUUGUGCCUGUGAAGCCACGCUGGCAUUCCAGGAUAAGGUCAACUCAUAUCUGCAGAGACUGAACUCGAAACUCGAUGACAUUUUGGAGAAGCUGCAAGCAAAUGAAUAUGGACAAGUACAUCGUUAA